AUGUCUUCCAAAAUUCCUCCCGAGUCUCAAACUACUUUUAGAAUGGCAACAAGCGUCAGUUCGGUGGCGGGCCCCGACCGCGUGGGCGACGCCAAAAUUAAGAGAGAGGUUUCUGCGGAGCCGCGUCCAGACACCGGCAGGGCCAGCACCAACGGCUCUGCCGUGACACAGGCAACACAGAACCCCAGUGCCAACGCAAACAUCAAGAAGAAAGUCCCGGCCAGCGACCUGCCGCGACCGUACAAGUGCCCGAUGUGCGACAAGGCGUUCCACCGGCUCGAGCACCAAACCAGGCACAUCAGAACGCACACCGGCGAAAAGCCUCACCAGUGCAACUUCCCCGGCUGUUUCAAGCGGUUCUCGAGGUCCGACGAGCUCACGAGACACUCCAGAAUACACACGAACCCCAACUCGCGCAGGAAAAACGCACACAACCCGGACUGGGAGCUCACCGACGCCAUCAACCAGAGCUCAAGACCUGCAUACAUGAAAAAAUCGAGUUCCACGUCGCGGAUCCCGAAACAAGCUCUGGUGAGCGAGUCGAAGCCGGCUGCAAAGCAGAAGAAGGACGAGUCUGCGCUCGAGCAGCCCCUGCCGCAGAAACCGCCGCUGCAGACCGCCAAGUCGAUGCUUGACAUCAACGUGCUGGCCACGGCCGCCUCACAGGAGCUCCAGAACCUCCAGCAGCAAAAACAGCAGGCCCACCAGGCGCAACUGGCGGCCGCGGCGCUGGUCUCGGGCCCGUCGGAGCUACAGUACGUCAAGUCGCUGCCCUCGCUCAGCGAGUACUUCCAGAACAGCCAGCCGCAGCCGCAGCCGCAGCAGCCGUCCGUGCCAACCGGCGCGCAUAAUCGGCCGCCGCCGCUGAACUCGCUCUCGACGCUGCGCCUCACGCCGCUCAGAACACCGUCCACCGGCUCGCUACCCCAGCUGCAGUCCUCGGGCUCCGGCUCCGCCUCGGUCUACAACAACUCCGCGUCGUCCAGCAACCUGUCCGGCCUGGCCCGCUCGUUCUCCAGCACAGACCUCUCGUCGGCCGACCACAGGCUCCCGCAGCCGCAGUUCAAGAAAUCCAGGCCAAACUCCCCGGCCAUCCCGACGUCGCCAACGGCCACCAUGAUCGCCAGCAAGGACUCCUCGGCGGCACUGCACCUGCUGGGCCUCAGCAGCAUGCCGCAGGCCCCAUCCUUGCACCAGCGCCAGACGACGCCGGACGGCACGCCGCUCCAGACACCGUCCGUGUCGCCGAAGCUGUAUCCGUCCGCGUCGCUGAGCUCGAUCCCGUCGGGCGUCAAUCUCACCAGCCCGCUGCCCACGGUCUCGUCGCUGAUGAGCAGCUCGCUCAACUCGAAGUCCACCGUCCAGCUGCCGUCGCUGCGGUCGCUCAAGCUGGACCUGCCCGAGGACAUGCUCACCGAGGAGAAAUCUUAA